GUUUUGGCGCAUGCGCAACCUGGUCCUCCCAGCAACCUCCAGCGCAAGAUGGCGUGGGGAGGUUGUCUGCCGCUGGCCGUCUGAGAGAACGCUAAGUGUCUGUGUCCGCCGCCGUGUUGCAGGUACCUGGACGAAACUGGGCAGGGCCGGUCCGAACCCUCAGCCUCCUCUGCGUCUCGCGAAGCUCCGCGAGAAAGCAGAGGCUGAGCCCCGGCGGGUGCGAUGGCCGCUGUGGUGGCCAAGCGGGAAGGGCCGCCGUUCAUCAGCGAGGCAGCUGUGCGAGGCAACGCCGCUGUCCUGGAUUACUGCCGGACCUCAGUGUCAGCGCUGUCGGGGGCCACGGCCGGCAUCCUCGGCCUCACCGGCCUCUACGGCUUCAUCUUCUACCUGCUUGCCUCCGUCCUGCUCUCCCUGCUCUUAAUUCUCAAAGCGGGAAGGAGGUGGAACAAAUACUUCAAAUCACGAAGACCGCUCUUUACAGGAGGUCUCAUCGGAGGCCUCUUCACCUACGUCCUGUUUUGGACAUUCCUCUAUGGCAUGGUGCACGUCUACUGAAUGGGGGCAGGGAUGACUUUUUUAAAAAACCAGAUUGGGAGGACUGUCGCCAGGAUUUAACACCGUGUACACUUAGUUUUUAAAUUGUUGAAUUCGCUGCUUGUUCUGUAACGUUAUUACUUAUAUCUGAAGACGAAGAGUCUGUAAUAUUCUUCAGAUUAAAUGAAGCGUAAGACACUUCGUGGAGUUUUUUGCCUGCCUUAACUCAUACCCCAUGUGUGCCGUGGGUGCAAAAUUGGAGAGCUGGGACUGGCUUCUGUAAUUUCCCUGCAUUUACACAUAGGCCACCCAGAGAGGGCCAGUAGGGCCUAAAUAAAAAGAAAACUUACUGUUAACAUCCUGAGAAGUAAUAUAUUUAUUGUGUUUUCUGUAUGCCAAGCAUUGUGCCUUGUACCUUUUACACCCAUUAUCUCGCUUAAUUCUAGCAAUAUCCUUAUGGGGUAGAUACGUUAUCCCUCGUUGAUGAAGCUGGGGCUCUGGUUAAAUAUACCUCUGCCAUUAGAGGCACAGCUAGAAAGAGGCAGAGCCAAAUUUCAAAUACAGGUCUUUUAAUUCCUCUUGCUGUACUGACGAGUGUACCUUUUCAGAUUCCAGCCUUCCCUCCCAGUAACCACUGCUUUCAGGUAUGAAUGGUGCCAUUUUAGUUCCAUUUCACCUGGUUACAGCUGGCUGUCAUUUCCAUUUUAAAUAAGUUCAAGCUCUUUUCUAGAAUAUGUCUAAUGGAGAUUAAACAGACAACAUUGAAGCUAAA